UGAUUUAUCUGUCAACCAGUUGUCAAAAAUAGUUGUUUGGGGAUAUUUUUCCAGUUUUCUUCAAAAUAAAUCCAGAAUUAUCAGUGAAGUGCUAUGACGCUAACAUAAUUUAUUUGUUUGUUAUUAAUUAGUGUGUACAAAAGUGAAUAGUGUCGGCUAUAUUUUAAAAGUAGGUCAAUCUUCGUAAUAGAUUUUGGUUACCGGUACCUCUGCAGGAACAUAAGUGUUUUUCCAUAUUCGGAACAGAAUUUCAUGGUAGCGUCGAUAAGUUGAUAUGGCAGAAAAUGAUGAUUAUUUAGAUUCACUUGAUAACAAUCACUUGGACGGAACCAACGGUUCCCUAAAUAUGACGGAUAGCAGCCUUGGAGGUGGCGAUGAAGCAGCAGGCAGCGAAGUGCCAGACCUGGCCGCGAUUAAGGCCAGGGUCCGAGAGAUGGAAGAGGAGGCUGAAAAACUCAAACAAAUGCAAACUGAGGUUGAUAAGCAGAUGAAUAUGGGAAGCCCUCCAGGACUAACAAGUCCACUGAACAUGUCAAUUGAAGAGAAGAUAGAAGCGGACAAUAGAUCAGUUUACGUUGGAAAUGUGGACUACGGGGCUACUGCUGAGGAACUGGAACAGCAUUUCCAUGGCUGUGGAUCUAUUAAUAGGGUUACAAUAUUAUGCAAUAAAUUUGACGGACAUCCAAAAGGCUUCGCUUAUAUUGAAUUUGGAGACAAAGAUAGUGUACAAACAGCAAUGGCAAUGGAUGAAUCAUUAUUUAGAGGAAGACAGAUUAAGGUGAUGCCAAAACGCACCAACAAACCUGGGCUCUCGUCGACGAACCGGCCGCCUCGGACGAUGCGCGGCGGGCGCGGGCGCGGCUUCCGCGGCGGCUACUCGCCCUACUACUCGGGCUACCGGCCCGUGCGACGCGGCAGAGGUUACAGGCGCGGCACGUAUUACGUCCCGUACUGAGUGCGGUAGACGGGGCGAGGGCCGGCGCCGCUCCGCCAUCGCUCCACUGUGCCUCCGGGACUCCGUGUAGGUAACCCCGUCUCCCUGGAGACUCCGCCGAGUAGAUAAGAUUAAUGAUGAAGUUUGUUUAUUUUUAACGUCGACCGCUCCGAUGUGGCGAGACACUGAAGUGUAUGAAUUCUGUAGGCAAUAAAUCGACUACUCCACUGUUAUUAUUAUUCUAAAUCUUUAAAUGGUAGCCUUCGAUAUUAAAUAAUUUUAAUAAUAUAAGAGUAAAGCGUAAAUUGAUACCGUUCGAGUAUUGGAAGAUUCCCCGUUAGAGAUGCUAGCUUGACCUGAGCGAGCCUUUUAACAGACGGAAGCUGUCGCGCUGCGAUCUGUAUCGAUGUAGCGUACUCGGGAACGUUGUGAAUCCCGCAUUUCUAAUUACAAUAAGUAUUAUUUUAUAUUCAGUCUCAUAUAAUUUUUAAAUUACAUUUUACGUGUACUUUGAAUUUAGUAUUUUAAUUUAAUUCGAUAUUAACGGUGUAUUUUUAAAUCGUCACAAAAUGGAUCUGUAAUAUUUGGAUAUAAAAUAGAGGUUCAGUUGACAAGUUGGCACAAACUUAAACAGUUAACUCAGAGAUCAUUUUCCCGGAAUGGAAAUUCUUUCCCAGAAUUUAGAAACUUGGUGUGAACUCUUUGUUUCAGUUUUUGCCGACCCAACACCUUACGAAAUUGUACUUUACGGUUUGAUGUGAUGACCAAAUAACUAAGAAGAAUAGCUUAUACAAUAUACAUGGUAAAGCAACAAAUUGAUAAUGCCCUUGUUACUGAUAAUACGUAUUAUAUGUAUUUGGUUUUAUUAUUAUGUUAACAAAUAAUUAUUACCCACCCCUAUGAAGGAGCGAUCCCAAUGAUUGAUAUUGGACUAUUGCUCUAUUAAACUACCCAUGGAAUUAAUUUAGGGAAACACUACAUAGUGUAUUAUUUAUAAUUCUUUCUUGAUACUAUGUGAUUCUUUUAGCUAGUAGUGACAUUGUUGAAACUUGAUGGCGUAUUAUUUGCCGUUCAUUAUCUAAUUACUUAAAAUUUUAAUUUUGAAUCAAAUAUUAGUAAGAGUGAAAUAAUCAGAUAUCAAGAGAAUUUGAUUUAAUGGGCUCGAAUUGAUUUAAACACUUGGAACCUGUUAUUACCUGUAUCAUUCGAUAUUGUUUUUUAUAUGGCUAAAUCAAACAAGUUUUUUUUGACUAAUUCGUAUGAGUAUAGUAGUAAUAUAGGUACAACUUCCACAUGGCAUGUUUUGUACAAACAGGGCUUUUUAGCCAAUAUAAAAUUGCUUAAGUUUGUGUGAAAGAUUUGGCAUUAGUCAAAUAACGUGAAUUAAAAAAAUAUGCCAUGUGUUGUCACGCCUUUACAACGAUAGAUAGAUGUAAUGUAAUUUAUUAAUCAAAAGUAAGGCUGCACCAGCUUUGAUCUAGAAUUAAUGGAUAAGUAUUUUAGUUGGACUAUUCUCGCGUAAAUGUUUCUUCAUUGCAUUGUACCUCCGACUGGUUCGUAGCAUGGAAUGACUGUCGUUAUCCCAGAAACCGACCGAUUAGUUAUUUUAGAACUUAGGACAGUAAGAUAUUCCUACCUAACAAAGAUUGUAAUUGAUUAAGUUGAAGUUUGAAUAACGUUUUUAUUCUUACUUAAUUUAUUUAAUUUCCUCAUGUAAUAAGUAAGUCAUCCACCCAGUGGGAAGAUGUUUUUACUUGUAUGUUUCAACAUGACAAAUGUUUGGUGUAGCUCAGACCUAUUGAUGUGCUUUGUAUCCUUCCAUAACUAUAAUUACAAGUGAU